UGUGUAUACAAGUACAAUAUGUUAAGAUAUAUCAGUUAUUUAUUUAUUGAAAUUCAAUAUUUUUGUCAUUAUGGGUAUCAUUCAAACACUAUUCAACAAACGCGACAAUCUUUUCAUAACCUACGCCAACCUAAAAUCUCUACCGUGCGUACCUUGUUAUGAAGAAGUGGAUAGGAAGCCGGGAAAUCCUGAUAGCUUUGAAAAUCUACAUGCAAAAACGAAGCAGCUGUAUCCACGAAACUUCGAAGGAGCUUACCUGUUGCUGAAAAAAUCUUUGAGUCAACAUUUCAAUGUUACUUACAAGAUGACGCUGAGCUCCGUGACACCACACGGUCUCAUGUUCGGUGUGAAUUACCUUGGUACUAAACGUGUCGGAUUAUCAGAAAGAUACCCAGUUAUUUCGGGUGAAGUUACGCCUGGUGGAAAUAUGAGCGCUAAGUUUGUGCACACACUCGGAUGCAGAUACAGAUUCAAAUUGUCGACGCAAAUUAGCAACAAGAAGUACAAAGCCUUCAGUACUGGUCUGGAGUAUCGUUCCGACGACUGCACAGUAGCGAUGACUUUAGCAAAUCCCGACUUUUUCCGUGGGCACGGUACGAUAGUGUUGCAUUAUCUGCAAGCCAUCACGCCGAGGACAACUCUUGGCACGGAGAUCGCGUAUUUGCGCGGUUCUCGAAUAGCCGGAGGUCGGCAGACGAUGAUGUGCGCAGCGUUCCGACAUAGCACCGGUCCCACCACAUUGUCCGCUACGAUAGGUGAGGCUGGCAUCCACGUCUGCUAUCAUCGGCAAGCGAGCAAGCAGCUACAACUCGGGGUCGAGAUUGAGACCAACACGCGAAUUCACGAAUCGAUCGGCACGAUAGCGUAUCGAGUUGAUAUUCCGUACGCGGACUUUGUUUUCCGCGGAUUCGUCAAUUCGGAGACUACUGUGGGAGCGGUGUUCGAGAAGAAGCUGUAUCCCAUUCCUGAGGCUUUAUUAGUUAUAAGUGGCCUUUUAAAUCACAGGAAGCAUCAGUUUCGCGUUGGUAUUGGCCUGAACAUCGGCUAACAAAGCUCUUUGAGUAAUAAAAGGAAUACAAUAUUAUAUACUUUGAAUUUUAAGCACUUUUCGAAAUAUUGCUGCUCUGUAUAAGAUUUCCAGAGGUAUUUUUCUGCUGAUACCAUUUAAGCCAAGCGCAUCUCCACUGAUUUUGAAUUAUAUAUAUUUUGACAUAGACGGACUAUCUCGUGAUAUAUUCACUUCAUUGAUCUUUACAAGAACUCCAGAGAGUCGAUCAGGAUCCCUUCCUCUAGCGUGAACUUAUAAAAAGUGAAAAUUUUCAAAUUUGGAAGUAUUAAAAAAUGUUUAUUUUUCUUGAAUUCAUACUAGAGGAAGUUUCAUGAUCGUUUCUCUAAGUUCUUUACUGCGGCAGUUUCAAAAUACGACGUCAGAGGCAACAAAACACACACUCCAAAUUUUUCAAAAGUACAUUGAAAUGAAGACAUAUCCAUAAGGUGGCAUUUGCGAUGGACUUGUAAAGUAUUCUGAAGAUUUUGCUUGUAUUCUAAUAAUUAAAAUAUAAACAGCCCUAAUAUAACAUGAUAUUUUAGCUAUAUGUAGUUUUAUCUUUCGCUAAAAAUCCGACAUGGAGUUUUAGCGAAGAAGAGAGGCACGAAAAGCCUUUCAAUGCUUGGUUUUUUUGGCUUUUUUUAUUUUAUGUAUUCACAAACGUUACAACUGCCGGCUAAGCGUACAAGACUCGCAAUCCACACAUAUUGUUACCACAUUAUACAAGGAACAUCAUCGCUUAUCCGCGGGGACCGAUGAUGUCUCUCCCCCUCCCUUCCCUCAAGGUGCCGAUCAACGUCUUAUUACAAGACAUCUCUUUCUCUUCUU